CCAUUUGAUGACACGGCUGAAACUGAAAUAGGUGUUGAAAAGAUUCCACACUUGCUCAAAAUCAGGGGCACCGCUGCGGUCAUCAAACCCAAGAAGAAUGCGUCUGUGUCUUUUAUUUGAACCCACAUUCACAUUCGGCACCUGCUACGGUAGAGAAGAGGGAGGGGAGAAAAAGGGAAAAAGAGAAGGGCUUUUAACGAGAAUGUGAUUCUGGAUGGGCUGAGGGACGAAGGAAAUUAUUAGGUUUUAUGGAAUACUAGGGUAGAGUUAAUCAUGAUGGUUUAAGGCGUUAGUUAAGCAAUAAAGGUUACAAUUUAUCAUAGGAAUAGCUUAAGAAAUUUGCCCCUCAAAAAAUUGAUAUAAUUUAUGUCCAUUUGCUAAAAGCAUAAGGGCAAUUUAAGUAUUUAACCCUUAAACUCUUUCAAAAAAAAAAAAAAAGUAUGUAACCCUUCGCCGAAAAUCUACUCGAAUAGGCACUGUUCACUCUCUUCUCCCUCUCGACGCACAGCGGCAACGGCGGCAAGUUUCCUCCUCCGAUCCCCCUCUCUCUCACCGUUUUUCUCCCAUUUUUCUCUCCUUUCCCUUCUCUCUUCCUCUAAUUGUAACAUUCCAAAAUCAUUAACACACCAUUUGCGGACACUCUUCAUCAUCUUCCCCAACGAGAACGAGUGAUCCAGCGGCGGUGCCAAUCCCGUUUUUCUCCAUAUUUUUUUUGUGGUUUCUCACCGUUGUUGGAUUUCUUCUCAUUCUCCGUCAUUAGUAGUGUCGUGUUUCAACGAUUUCGGACUUCCCCAACCACGCACCGACCCUCUGUUCUCAGUAUUCCGCACCGGCUGAGCAGAAUCGCAUGGCAGCCAUCACUUGAGGUAUCCUUCUUCUCAGUUCCGGCGAAACCCACACCCAAAGAAUCGUUUCUUCUCACCGAGCCCCUGGUUGCAAUCAACGAGGAUCAUCUCUUUUCCAGCUAUCGGUCACAGAUCACAGCAGAUCGAAGUUUGCCCUGUUUCGUUCAUUGAACUUAGGUCAACAUUUAAUACAGGCAUGCAGGAUUUCCUUUUGAUGCUCAGAAUGCAUGGAAUUACACCUUCAUCACCAUUAUCAAGUUUUGGAUAUAGUUGGGUUAAGCUUGUAACUCAAUUUAUUGAUGCUUUGAAUUGCAACCAUAAGGUCAUUUGUUCAGUCCCAGCUAAGUAUAGGGAAGUCUAUGGACACAUAACCUUCGGAAGAAGAUUUCCAUGUAGCUGAACCCGUGGUUCUUUUUGGGAUGAGUGCUCUCUAAGAUUGAGAAUAUGGUAAUUGCAACCUGCAGGGGAAACUUGGUAAACAACACCAUGCGUGUCACAUGUAUAAUGUUUCAUAAAAUAGUUGCAAAAUCAAUAUCUGAUCAUCGGAAUCCAUACAAUAUGGGUGUACUAUCUAAUAAUGAUAUAAAGGACAGAGAUAUGGUUGCACUUACCAAAAGAAUAUUGGAGCACUCACAGAAAGGGGAAAUAGAUUAUGCAAGGAGAAUCUAUGAUCAGAUGAAUCAUCGAGAUUGUGUUUCUUGCAAUGUGAUGAUCAGGGGUUACAUCAAGAACCAUAGGACCAGAGAUGCAAGGGAGAUAUUUGACAGAAUGCAUCACAGGAACACUGUUUCUUGGAAUUCCAUGAUAAUGGCUUACACCCACGAAAGAAAGAUGCAUAUUGCAUUGAAGUUCUUCCUAAUCAUGCCUGACAAAGAUGUCAUUAGCUGGACCACUAUAAUUUCUGGGCUUUGUCAUGAUUCACAAAUUGAAGAUGCAUGGCAAUUAUUCAAGCAAAUGCCAGAGCCCAACUCCAUUUCUUGGUCUUCGGUUAUAUCAGGUUUCCAGCAAAAUGGAUUGGCUGCCGAAACUUUGAUUCUCUUCAAGGAAAUGCUAUCUGCAGGAAUUCAUCCAACUCCCCAUUCCUUUACUAGUGCUUUGACUGCUACAGCAGAUUUAGCUGCACUAUCCAUUGGUCAACAACUUUACUCUCAACUGAUUAAGAGAGGAUUUGAGAUUAAUAUCCAUGUUGGAAAUUCAGCCAUCUCUAUGUUUAUAAAGUCUGGUAGUUUCUAUGAUGCUAGGCACGUUUUUGUGGUUAUUCCCAGACCUGACACCAUUACCUGGAAUUCUAUGCUUAGUGGUUAUGCACAACAUGGAUAUGGUUUGGAGGCAAUCAUGACUUUCCAUCAGAUGCAAAAGGCUCAUAUUUUUCCAGAUGGUGAUAGCAAAAGGGUGAUCCUGGAAUUGCCUGACCCACUUUUGAAUGGGAAUUUCCCAGAAGAGGAGAUGCAGAUAAUGGCUUACUUGGCAAAGGAGUGCCUACUUCACUUCUCUUUAAGCCUUUUCUAGAGCUUAUCAACUCCUAGCAUGAAAAGUGUGAUAAACAAGGAGAGGUACGAAGAGCCUGAUUGUUCCAUUGAUGCAGAAAACUAGAGAAGAGGCUCCGCCAGGUUUUCGUUGCCACUAUCUAUAGAUUGUAAUUUUUGUGUUGAAGACAAUAAGAAAGAAGCAGGCAUAGUAACGUUGGCCAAGUGUAGAGAAAAAUUGAUCUUGUUAACUUGGAAAGGUAGGAAUUUCCGUUCUCCAGAAGAUGAGAUAGUGGACUAGGGAAGAAUGUCUGAGAAAUGGGUUUUUCCUACCCCACCAUCUUUUAAAAUCCAAAGCCGACCAACAUUACUGUGUCGAGUCCAGCUUCAGUCCAGGCUGCUUCAGUCAAGGCACCGUUCGCGCGAUUGGAGGAUGCGCCACGUGUCCUCUAACCGUGUAAACGUUUGAAGCAUGCGAGGAGGUUGUUUGAAACGUUUGACGCCGUUAGCUUUCAAAACCCAUUUUUUCGAGUCCCUCUCUCUCUCUAGUGUCGUAGGUUCUCUUCUCCCUCUCUCUCUCUCUCUCUCCCAUCCAUCCGACAACGACUUAACAACUAUUACCGCCGGCGACAAACAACCAUCACCGGCGGCGGGAUGGAUCGAAAGAGGGUGAGAGAACCCAAACCAGUUGGGUCGGUAUUGAGUGCCGCCCCGACCUCCUACACCCCUGGUAGCAGCGACUCAUCUGCUCUCUCCAUGAUUCCCGCCAGGUUCACCAGUACCAAAGUUAACGUUUCCGAAUUCAUCUUUCUCGUCUUCUCCAUGACUUCCAUCUCAAGCUCAAGCACUCUGUUUCUGUCUCCGUCUCUGCAUGGCUUUGCUCUUGCGGCAGAACUAAUAUCAGCCCUGUCAGACAGAGAGAGAGAGAGAGAGAGAGAGAGAUGGGAGACUAAGGAUCUGUGUUCUUGGCUGUUUGGCUUAGGACCUUGGGUAUGGUGACGGUUGACUCAGCUUCAAGAAGAUGAAUAUGUGUGGACUUUGAACUUCGUAGCCAAGACUAAUAAGACCAUCAGUGACGAUCUUUCUGCAAUCAUCCUUAAGCUUGCAGCUAUUGUUCUUCUUUAUGAUCUUCGCAGUGUCCGCUAAGAGGUUUCUCUCGGCAACGCUCGCACAAGGAACCAAGCUUUGUUCAAGAAAAGGGGAAAUUUUCGUUUCAAAAUAAGUCAUGCUAAAGUUCUUCCCUUCACUAACUGAAUAUAUUAAAUUAAAAGAGAUUCUAGAAAAUCAGUAUACCUUGAGAAAUUUGCAGGCAUCGCCACAGGAAGCUGUCGGCAUCGGUUCACCAAGGACGGGCUUCUCAGUCGAUGAAAACCUCAGAACACUGAAGGGAUGAGAGAUCCAUCGUAUGGACGCCUAAAUCUUGCGGAAUAAGGUGGGCGAAUUUCAAAAAUUU